UCCACGACGCUCCUUCCUGCCUUCCUUCUCUUAUUAAUAUUAUUAUUAAACAACAACAGCAACAGUAGCUUUAGCAGCAGCAACAGAUUAAGCAAUGACAUCUUCAAGAUUUUCUCUCCUCUUCCCAUUCUUUGUUUCCUUCCUUCUCUGCAUCAUCUCUCACCCUGUCCUUUGUGACGAUCAGGUGGAUGGCCUUCUUCAAAGCAUUAACAACUAUAGGACAUCCUUGAAUUUAACUGCCCUCACAAAAAAUGAUAAUGCAGAGUGCCUUGCUGAGGAAUUAGCUGACCAGUUUAAGGAUCAACCCUGUACAAAUGCCACGGGCUCCAACACAGUACCAGGUACUGAAACGCAGUUCCCCAAUUACCCAAGCCUUCUAGCCAAAUGCCACCUGAAUGUAUCCAACACAAGGGAUGGAGCCUUGAUGCCCGCUUGUGUUCCCAACCUGGAUCCAAGUCUUGUGCUAACUAACUUCACGCAGACUCAAUACUCAGGUAGCCUUGAUGAUGCUAAGUUUACGGGAGCUGGGAUAGGUUCUGAUGGUAACUGGAUUGUUGUUGUUCUGACCACAAGCACACCUGAGGGAAGCUUUGUGACUUCUAAGGCAGACAGUUCGGAUUACAAUGCAGCCAAUUUGACAGACAAGAAUAUGGGUCUAAUCUACUUGCUGUUUUUGCUGACGGCAUCUCUCUUCUUGUUGUAAACUAAGUGGAUGGCUACCACUAGCACGCCUGAAUGCAAUUCGAUUUUACACGGAUACAAACCAGCUGAGGGCAGCUUCUUUUCUUUAUGCAAUGGAUGGACAAGUGAUUUAAAUUGCAAAUUAUACUUGCUCCCUUUGAUUUCACUUAGUUCUAACUUGAUUUGUAAUGCUGUCGUUGAGAAAUAUGUUUCAGAGUGGACUGAUUAUUUGUAUCACUGUUUUUUUCUUAUUCAUACGGAGACAAGAGCUAAAGAAAAGAGAAUAAAACUUGUUGUGUACCCUAUUUGAUGUUC